CUCUCACCUCCGAAAACAUCUGCAUCAGACUGCUGGGACCUCUCUGAGAGAGAAGGGGAAAAAAAAGUGAAAACAGGUCCACAACCCAAUUGAGCCGGCGUCUUGUCCUUUUUCUCCCGUCCUCCCUUGUUCAAGACAUACGCACCAGUCACAAUGGCCUCCAGAUCAAGAAUCCAGCCCCUCCUCCGGAACGCGGCGCGGAGGCAAUCACUCCUGAGCGCCGGUGGACGGCAUGCUUUGCGGCCAGUCUCGGCCCCGGCCGCCGCCGCCGCCGCCGUCCGUUAUGUUUCGACCACCGUUGUGAGACCCUCCAAGGCCGACGGCCUCAAGGAGAUCAAGCUUACAUCUGCGGCGUACCCGGACAUCAAGCGGGACUCCCGCUUCGCCGAGGUCACCGACGCCCACGCCGCCUACUUCAAGGACCUCCUGGGCCCCUCGGGCGUCAUCGACGGUGUCACGGCCGACGCGACGGACGACAUCGCCGCCUUCAACGAGGACUGGCUGCGCAAGUACCGCGGCCAGUCUCGCCUAGUACUCAAGCCUGCGUCUACCGACGAGGUCAGCAAGAUCCUCGCGUACUGCAACGAGCAGAAGCUCGCCGUCGUGCCCCAGGGCGGCAACACGGGCCUCGUCGGCGGUUCCGUGCCCGUCUUUGACGAGAUCAUCAUCAACAUGAGCCGCAUGAGCCGCAUCCACUCGUUCGACGACGUCAGCGGCACCCUCGUCGUCGAUGCUGGCGUCAUCCUCGAGGUCGCCGACCGCUACCUGGCCGAAAAGGGCUACAUCUUCCCGCUGGACCUGGGCGCCAAGGGCUCGUGCCACGUCGGCGGUAACGUCGCCACGAACGCCGGGGGUCUGCGCCUGCUCCGGUACGGUAGCCUGCACGGCAAUGUGCUGGGGCUCGAGGCCGUGCUGCCGGACGGCACCGUCGUCGACGACCUUUGCACGCUGCGCAAGAACAACACGGGCUACGACCUCAAGCAGCUCUUCAUCGGCGGCGAGGGCACCAUCGGCAUCAUCACAAAGGUCUCCAUCAUCUGCCCGCAGCGCUCCAAGGCCGUCAACGUCGCCUUCUUCGGCCUCGAGUCGUACGAAAAGGCCCAGCAGGCCUUUAAGGCCGCCAAGGGCCAGCUCGGCGAGAUCCUAUCGGCGUUCGAGCUCAUGGACGCCCGCAGCCAGGACCUCGUCUACGCCGUGCGCCAGAACAAGCGGCCCCUCGAGGACGAGCACCCGUUCUACUGCCUCGUCGAGACGAGCGGCUCCAACGGCGACCACGACUACGAGAAGCUCGAGGCCUUCCUCGAGGACGUCAUGUCCAACGAGAUCGUCUCGGACGGCGUGCUCGCCCAGGACGAGACGCAGAGCAAGGCCCUCUGGGGUUGGCGCGAGGGCAUCCCCGAGUGCCUGGGCCACUGGGGCGGCACGUACAAGUACGACGUGUCGAUCCCGCUCAAGGACCUCUACAAGCUCGUCGACGACACCAAGGCCAAGAUGGAGGAGGCCGGCCUCGUCGGAGACACGGACGAGUUCCCCGCCGUCGGCGUCGUCGGCUACGGCCACAUGGGUGACUCGAACCUGCACCUCAAUGUCGCCGUCAGACGGUACGACAAGCGCAUCGAGAAGGUCCUCGAGCCCUUUGUGUACGAGUGGAUCCAGGAGCGUCAAGGCAGCAUCAGCGCCGAGCACGGCCUGGGCGUGGCCAAGAAGAGCUUCAUUGGCUACAGCCGUAACGAAACCAUGGUCGGGCUUAUGAAGCAGAUCAAGAAUCUCUACGACCCGAAUGGCAUCAUGAACCCUUACAAAUACGUCUGAUCAAUCGCCAAGGAACAAUGGCCCCCCACAUGACGCAGCGGAGGAAGCAGCCUUGGCCGUCGGAUGUGAGUCCGGUCGACCAUCUUGUAAGCAAAAUUGCGGGCGAGAAAGGCUUUAGACUCGUGUGACCGACCCAGGCAUCUGUCCCGUUCUCACGUCACACCCACUGGGUGGGUAACCUGUUCGCCUUCCCCAUGCAACGCACCAUUCGAGGAUAAAAGCAGUUAGUUGCUUUGUCAGUGAGAGAGAGAGAGAGGGAGAAAGUCCCUUUUUUUAUUUAUUUUUGUAAACCAACGGCAUUUCCCCAGCCCGGACGAAAGCUGUGCUGGAGGCAAAGACAAUGUUUCCUGAUCGGGACAUAUCUUGAGAUUUUGGUGCAUCUGGGGGAGGGGAGGAAGAGUAAACAAACCUCGGCAAAGCGAGGCAACAUAGUAGGAGAAUCGGAUUGUGUAUUUUGGAACACCAACAAUGAACACCGCCCAUGAUGCCAC